UGAACAGUGUCCACGUAGCAGACGAAAACAGGCAAAUGUUGAGGAAAAUAUAUGGCAAUUUAAGGUUAAUUACCACCAUAACUACCGUGUGUAGCCCUUACUGCACCAACUAGUUUUACAGGAACAACAUGGCUGUGGAGCUGCUGCCUCAUGUCCUGCACUGAGAUAUUUGGCUUUGUCCUGAGUGAGACAUUGUGUCGUACGAGUCGCGGGAGGAAGCACGACCCCGUCAUGUUCUCACGUAUAUCUGAUGCUCUGCAGGCUGCUGCUGAUGUUAUAGCCCCACCAUGCCCACGUGUAGAGGAUCUGCGUUACCACUGGACUCAGCUAUCAAUAGUAUGUCAGAGAUGCCAGCACAAUGAGGGGCAGCCCCCAGCCAUUGAAGAAACUCAUGUCACAAGGCACCUCUCUCAGAUGUUGAAGGCACUAGUGGCAGAGGAGCGAGAGCAGCGUGUAGGAGGACCGCUGAGCCCAUGUAUGGAAUACCUAGUACAAGAGAAAGUGUUGGCCAUGUUAGCUACACACGCGCGUGCCGACCGUCCCCUUGGGAUACGUCAGCAUGUUUAUAUAUUUCUGGUUGGCGUCCUGAACCAUCUUCAUCACUCUCACCUCCAUCACACGCCCAUACACAAGUCUCUCCAGACAAUGGUUCGGGCGAGCUGUGAGAUGAGAGCUUCUCCGUAUGAAACUGAGGAAAUCGAAUUCUUGUCCACACUGUGUGAAAAAAUACGUCAAGAUAGCAGUAUAAUCCUGCUAUAUAUACAGCCAAUAGCAUUAACAGGAGGCAUCUCAAGUGGUUAUACCCCAGAAGACAGUCUCCCACCAACUCCUUCCCAUGAGGGUACCGCCACCACCACAAGUGAUUCAUCCUCAGUAGUGUCAACACAGAAAUCACUGCCUAAAUUUCCUUUGGUUGAUGCUCUUCUUAACCUCUGUCACAGUGCAGACAGCCAAAUAUCUGCCACAGCCCAUGACUGUCUGGUGGGCAUAGCCAGUGUUAGAGAAGGACAGAGUAGCUCAACAAUAGCCAGACACACACUCCUCCCCCACUACCUGGCCACACGUUUAGUCACAGCCUCUGACAGUAUUCCAGUGGACACUGAGCCUGCAUUGAUAGAGGACAUCCCACUGUCAGAGAGGGUCAGGACUGACGUUAAUGAAAAUAGUGACAGUGAGGAUGAUGAAGAUGUUGGAGAGUUUCCUGGCAGAAGAGAAGUUGUCACUUUCCUGUACUGGCUCACAUUUUGUGAUAAGCUUGUAGAUGUAAGUGAUGGUGCAUUGGGUUCAAGUAUUUGUAGUACCGUAAGAGAGGUAUUCUUAGACGGUGUUCUGCGUGGGAAUCUCACCAGUGACGACGAAGACACCACAUCCCUCUUUAUUGCUCUCACAGCCAAGAUCAUUACCUCUGUCUCUUCCCCACUGCUUGUGAAUGGCAUUGUGUCAUGGUUAACUGAGGAAGCUGAAGACCUAGAUGGAGGGGAGACCAGCAUGAGGCAGCAGUUGAUGAUCUUGUGUCAGCAGCCACCUCAUCAUCUCCAGAUACAGGCUCUCAGAUUACUACAGGUGCUGAUGGAGAAGCCAGGCAGCAUGGCCGUGCAGUCACUGGUGUUGAACUAUAUGACAGCACGUAGCUACCAUGACUCCUCUGCGGCGGAGCACCAGCAGAGCUCCUGGUCAGACGAAGAGGAUGAGAGGUACAAACACCGAGAUGGUGAAACUUCCCCAGGAUCACCAGCCAUCAGUAGAACUCUGGCACCAGCUAACAUUAACAAAAUUGUCAAGAGGUUCUUGACAGUGGUGCCUGAGGACCUGAGAUCUACUACUAAGGAUGACUUUGAGAGCUACAUGGCAGAUGCUCAGCGUCAAUACAGGGACGUGUGCCGGUCAUGUGCAUCAUUUGGCUGGCCAAGAGAAGCUGUAACACCAGAGUGUCCAUCAGAUUCCUCAUCAACUGCAUCUCGGGAGUCACGGGCUGAAGCAGAGGGAAACACAUUCUAUGAGGGACCGUUCCUCAGUAUGCUCAUGGAUUUCCUGGAACAUCUGCCUGAUCAAGACUAUGACAUCAAUCUUCAGGUGACAUCACUGGUAGCCACUCUAGCAUUACUGCCACACCCACACCUCCAUGAGUUCCUGCUCAACCCCACCAUAACAUUGUCAGGGGGCGUACGCACACCCUUCACCGUCCUCUCCUCUGUAGUGUCUAAAAUUUAUCAACCAAUAGUUGAGCGCCAAGAUUAUCUGGAUCAUCUGAAGGUCACCCGAUACCAGCUCUUGGGUACAAUGGAGGAAUUUGACUUUGAGCGAGAUGAAGAUGAGCGGAAGUUUGAAGCAUUGAUUGUCAUAGAAGAAUUUACCAAGGAACUAGCAUCAAUUGCUUAUGCAAAAUACAUCACUGAAGGCAGCGGAUGGUAGUGUGUGAUGUGUGUGUUGAUGUACAUUCCUGUUAUAGGAGAUGCCCGUUUGCCAUAAAUUUGGAUGAUUAUAAGUUUUCACAUAAGAAGUAGAGAACCAUUUUGUUGGAAGGCAGAAAGAAGACUUUUGUUCCAUAGUUCUGUAUAAUGUACGGUGAAGGUACAGUCAAAGAAAAAAGUCGUAUUACACUUACCAUGCCUUAUGUUUUGAAACCCACGACGAAAAAUUUGGGUCAAGUUCCCCAUUAAGACUCGAAGCUUCACUGUCAGUUUACCCAGAUUCUUUGUCGUGGGUUUUGGAACAUAACGCUAGGGGGUGUAAACACAACUUUUGUACUUUGUACCUUUUUUAUAUCAUAAUAAAAGAAAACAAUGUAGAUUAUUUUGAAUGAAAUUGUACUUAUUAAUAAGAUUCUAUGUUGUAAUCUUCUUAAACUCAAAAGAUCUGACAAAUCAUUGCAUUAAGUUGCAUAUAUUAAAUAUACACCAUAGUAUUUCUUAUUAUGAGCCAGGAGUUGUAAUUUGUUACUAUUUGGUUUGUUAGAUUUAUAUCAUGAUAAUGAAGAAGUAAUUUUUGCUAUUGUAAUGUUUCCAAAUGAAAAACAUGUUGUAGGACUUUACAGUUGAGAUGUUGAAAUAUACUAUCAUAUAUUCUCAGCUUUUGUGCAAUAAGUUAUAAUAUUGUGAAUGAAUUUUUUCACUGUAAGAUCGGUGUACCCGUCCCACCAAGUUUAGAGAGGAGUGUAGUGAGGUGGCACAGUGUGAGGGAUUGUUUUGUGAGUUAUCGAGUGCACUGGUAUACAGUACUUUUAAGUAGCUUUGGAAAGUUGAACAGGUUCCAUGGUGCCUCUCUUCAUUGAUGGAAUAAGACUGGGCAUUAAUCUGCUUCUUUAAACAACAAAAAUAAUAACUAUAUACAAUAUAUAUUUUUUGUAAGUCUUACUAAAAUUCUGAUUCUGAAUCCAUGUUAGGAGUGUAUACUCUGGAGGUGUAACUGUGCCAUAAUAUAAGUAAAUCUGAUUUUUUCUCUCUUCGUAUUUCUCUGUGUUCAAGAAGAAAAGGGAUGAUCUGUACAACACAAAUUUUUGUAAAUACAGUAAACUCUCGAAGAUCCAGAUCCGGAAGAUCCGGACAAAAAAUUUGGGGGUUCUGGGCUAAGAAGCCUCCUAGAAGUUUCCCUAAGAAACAUUCCCAAACCAGAGCUAAGAACAGUUUAGGCCCGUGGGCGCUGCUUGACCCGUCAGUUGCCUGGACACAGGUGCCCGAGGAGGUAGGAAACACAAACAGAGUUGACAAUUGUUGUUUGUGGGAAUAUUAUUUCAUUCACUCUAAUAAUGAUACAAGUUUCUUAUUAUGUCAUCACAGGUAAAUGCAUGGUUUAUAUAUGGUAAUUUGUUUAUCACUGCAUUAGUACUGUAUUUUGGUGUUUCUUAUAUCAAUUAUCAUUCGCCGGAAAAUUUGUACAAUCGGUUUUUCCGGACAGGUGGUCCCCCGUUUUAGUUCGGAUUUUCGAGGGUUCACUGAAUAGCAAUAUUAUACCAAACACUCGGAAUAUUUUAUAAUUUUGUAUUUAAUUUUUUCCAUUGUUAUUUAAAACACUGGUGAUGUGUUUGUGAUCUGUUUAUUUGUUGUUUUUAUUAUGUAAAAAUGCUGGUACUGUACUAUAUUAUGUGCAUUAAUAUGUAGAGUCAGUUAUCCUUGGUGAGAGUAAGCCCCUCAGGUCAGCAUGCCAUUCAAUGUACUGUACAGUUCUGGUUUAGUUAAGAAGUUGGUUUUUCUGGUGAUUGGUCUCACUAUUACGCUUUAUUAUGUACAUAUACUGUAGUCUGAUUUUGUAUAUUCACGUCAUAUUUUAUUAUACAUUUUAUAUUUAUUUGAUGUCAAUGAACGUGUACUGUAUGUAGGUGUGGGUGGUUAGGUGUUGACAAAUCUUAUUGUGGAGAAUUUUGCCUGGAUAUAAUAGUCAUAAAAAAUCUAGUCGACAGUGACAAAUUGUGCAAUUAGUCUAUACUUAUCUCUUGCCCCCCCACCCUCCCCUCCCCCCACCCGGUGCUAAUUUAUAAAGUGAAAAAAGAAGGAUGAAAACCCAGAGUUUGUUUCAUUACUUUUUCACACAAACUGUAGUUGCAUAGUCACUUAAAUCACAUCUGGAAGUACCAUAAUGGACAUAUUAGUCCUGGUUUCAGUGCUGGAAGCACAAAACAUACCUCAUCAUUAGUAUUUUUAACAUCUGGAUUUAUUGAAAUAGAGGUCGCACAUGAUUGUUUUUAAUUUAGUUUUUUCUUUCUGCCGGUGAUUGAGGCAUGAAGUAUAUCUUGGCUUUACAAUAUUAACAUCAUUCCAAAUAUUAAUAAUGUCUGUUGUAUGUGCAGAGAAAGUUUAUGUUCAGUGUUAGAGCAUUGCUUGUGUGAGCACUGUCAACAAUUUGGAAUGGUCUUUUAGUCCCAUAUUAAGAAAAGAUUCUCGGUUAUCCAACUACUACUAGUUGUUGCUCCAUUAAUAUUUGAGGCUCCUGAUGUGUUACUAUAGUACUUAGGUAAUGGAAAAAGUAUUAAAUGGAGUCUGGUGUUAGAAUGAUGAGAUAUAUUGCUGUUGUUAGGGAAGGAAACACUGAUAGAGCAACAUCAAGAGGAACUAAUGGUUGCAGGAAUGGCAGUCACUCCUUGACUUUAGAAAAUGUUUAUGGUGAUAUAUAUAUAAGAAUUAAAUUUUUUCUAAAUGUUGCUUUUAAAGUUUUGUUAUUAAUUUGUAUAGGAUUUUUUUUUAUACAUAAUAAUAUAAAUGAAUAAAUAUACGUAUGUUCUUUUGUA